CAAAGAUACAUAACCGAGGAAAUAUUUUUAAGCGAAACAAAAUUACCCAGUGGUUUCCCCCAUGGCAUCAACUGCAUGACUUGCAACACACAUUUCUGUCACGUUAACAGCUCAGUUGUUGAACUUAUUGUUUUGUUCUAUUUCCCUUGUAUUUUACUCUAUAAGCAUGUGAAAAUAGGUUGAUAAGCUGCUUAGGAAAGUCCCGAAGCUGGUUUGGUCAGAGGAGUUCUCCAGCUCUGUUCAUGACAGUGUCUCGCUUUGUCGUCUCUGUGGCCAAAGUGAUGACCGGUGUAGGACUUGCUGUGGCCGCCUAUGUCUUUUUUGAAUACUACGUGGCCAAACAUAACUGGAGAUAUCAGACGUUCCGCUUGGUAGGAGAAGUGGUCCAAAUCAACAUUUGCCCUCUUGCCUCUACCAAAGAAAUAUGCCCUGAAGAAGUCUUGUGUACGCCUAAAGGCAUCAGUCUAUUCGGAGUCCAUGACCGAGAAUUUUUCAUUACAAGGACCAAAGGACCAGACUUCGCGGUAGAAUCCCCCUCCAAAUUAGUGAAAGAAUAUUUUUCAGAAUCCUUUCGAGAACUUGAAGCGUACGCUGAUAUUAAUGUGCUGACGAUUAACGCCCCUUCCGGGCAAAACUACGACAUUGACUUAACUCAUUCUGAACACAGUCACGGGCCUGCCCAGGUCUACCGGGCUUCUUCUAUUGUGGCUGCAUCUGAUCAAGGCAAGAAAAUUUCUAGCUGGCUGAGCCAGGAGCUGGGGGAGGAAGUCCACUUAUUCCGCCAGACGGAUGACAUAAUGAUGAAAUUUAACCGCUCCAACAUGGCCAUGUGUUCCAUCUGUCCUGAAGAGUCUGUCCGUCACAUUCAACAAAAGUUUGGCCUACCGUCCAUUGUUACGGCGUCUUUCUUUCGACCAAACGUCAUCAUCACUGGUUGUAAAGCCUUGGAAGAGCAAUGGUGGUCACACGUCCGGAUAGGUGACGUUUAUUUUCAAGUGAAAUCCCAGGACAUCAGGGUGAUCAGCGGCGGCAGUUUUGUAACAUACAUGCCAACGCUGGAGAUACCAGCGAAGAUCAGACAUCUUAAGAGACUGACCAGCUAUGGUGAAGCUAUCUCUGUAGGCGUGAAUGCUCUGGUGGUCAAGGCUGGAAAUAUCAGGAUAGGAGAUCCGGUGUUCGCUUCCAAACAUUACGGCUAUGCUGCAGAAGACGACAAAGGUGUUGAAUGACUGACUGAUACUCUGGCCGACGUGGGUGGGUUAAUAAAACAUUCUCUAAACAAGAA